GCGUUUAAAAGUUAGGGUUUUAGCUCUUAUCAUCACAUGACAUAACCAUGGCAGAAGAGAAAGCAGCUGAACCCACCGAGUUCAACCAGGGGCGACUCGACCCAGUCUCAGAAGACAUGGAUCUCGUGGAGGAAUCGGCCGCGAAUGCCGCGAAACGAGCAAGGGAGGAGGAAGGAAAAGACGAUGUGUCGAAGAAGCAGAAGGUGGACAAGUCAGUUGAGGAAGAGAGAUUAGAGAAUCUUGAGGGAGAGCAUAAGGAAGACGACGAGGAAGGGGAGGAAGAGAAGGAGGAGACAGCUCCGGUUAGUUUGGGUCCGAAGAGUUUCGGAUCCGCGGUGGAGAUGUUUGAUUACUUCUAUAAUUUCCUUCAUUAUUGGCCUCCAAAUAUCAAUGUCAACAAGUAUGAGCAGAUGGUGUUGCUGGACUUGCUUAAGAAGGGCCAUUCAGAACCUGAGAAAAAGAUUGGUGUUGGAAUCCAAGCUUUCCAAGUCCGAUAUCAUCCAAUGUGGAAGAGUAGAUGCUUCUUUCUGAUUAGGGAUGAUGAUUCUGUUGAUGAUUUCAGCUUCAGGAAGUGUGUGGAUAAAAUACUUCCACUGCCUGAGGACAUGAAAAUAAAAUCUGAUGGAAACAAUAAGGGUUAUGGUGGAAAAGGUAGUGGUGGUGGAAGAGGAGGUCGAGGUCGAGGCCGAGGCCGAGGCCGUGGCCAUGGCCGUGGAAGAGGUGGUAAAUCAAGAAACUGAAGCAUUUUCUUUGUUUUACUCAGGGUAAGAGGCAUGAGGAAGGAACAAAAAAAAAUAGAAUCACUUGUUUUUCUUCUGUAUUUACCCAGCUAAGCUACUAUUUUUGUCCUAGUUUUGACUCUCAAACUUCAAUGGUUUCUGAAUAGUGUUGGAGACCCUUAGUUUUGGCUA